UCGAGUGGGUUCACCACAUCAGCCACCACUCUUGCUUCUGAGCACAGGGUGCUGCUCUCCUCUUGAGCUCAGCUUCUGCUUUUGCAGCCAAGCAUCCUGGUGGCUGGUGCCUGCCUACCUGCCCACUGGCGGGGCUUGCAGCCCGCAGCUUUACUUUCGCCAGCCCUGCUGCCAGCUGAGAAGAAGUCUCCCUGCAGCUGCUGGUUUCUGCCUAGGGCCAUGUGUGUGGAUGCUGCGCUGGAGAAGGAGGCACUUGCUCCUGGCACUGAUCCCAGCUGAGUUUCUCCUGUUGAUUCCGGGACCACAGAUGCUGCUGCUGCUGAGGAGGCGGGUGUCAGGAUGGGCCGCGCAAUGAGAAGCCGACGCUAGCCAGCGAGGUGUGAAGAGUUGGCCAGAAUGACCAACUCUUCCACGUCCACUUCCUCCACCACCGGGGGGUCGCUGCUGCUACUCUGCGAGGAAGAGGAGUCGUGGGCGGGCCGGCGCAUCCCCGUGUCCCUCCUGUACUCGGGCCUGGCCAUCGGGGGCACGCUGGCCAACGGCAUGGUCAUCUAUCUCGUGUCGUCCUUCCGCAAGCUGCAGACUACCAGCAACGCCUUCAUCGUGAACGGCUGCGCCGCGGACCUCAGCGUCUGCGCCCUCUGGAUGCCACAGGAGGCGGUGCUCGGGCUCCUGCCUGCCGGCUCCGCGGAGCCCGCCGGGGACUGGGACGGCGCCGGGGGCAGCUACCGCCUGCUGCGGGGCGGGCUGCUGGGCCUCGGGCUUACCGUGUCCCUUAUGUCCCACUGCCUGGUGGCCCUGAACCGCUACCUGCUCAUCACCCGGGCGCCCGCCACCUACCAGGCGCUGUACCAACGGCGCCACACGGCGGGCAUGCUGGCACUGUCCUGGGCGCUCGCCCUGGGCCUCGUGCUGCUGCUCCCGCCCUGGGCCCCGCGGCCCGGAGCCGCGCCCCCGCGCGUCCACUACCCGGCGCUGCUGGCCGCCGCGGCGCUGCUGGCGCAGACGGCGCUGCUGCUGCACUGCUACCUGGGCAUCGUGCGCCGCGUGCGCGUCAGCGUCAAGCGGGUCAGCGUCCUCAACUUCCACCUGCUGCACCAGCUGCCCGGCUGUGCGGCCGCCGCCGCCGCCUUCCCGGGCGCCCCGCACGCGCCGGGCCCAGGUGGGGCGGCGCACCCGGCGCAGGCCCAGCCCCUGCCGCCCGCGCUGCACCCGCGGCGGGCGCAGCGGCGUCUCAGCGGCCUGUCGGUGCUGCUGCUCUGCUGCGUCUUCCUGCUGGCCACGCAGCCGCUGGUGUGGGUGAGCCUGGCCAGCGGCUUCUCGCUGCCGGUGCCCUGGGGCGUGCAGGCGGCCAGCUGGCUCCUGUGCUGCGCCCUGUCCGCGCUCAACCCGCUGCUCUACACGUGGAGGAACGAGGAGUUCCGCCGCUCCGUGCGCUCCGUCCUGCCCGGCGUCGGCGACGCGGCAGCGGCUGCCGCCGCCGCCACCGCUGUGCCCGCGGUGUCCCAGGCGCAGCUGGGCACCCGCGCCGCCGGCCAGCACUGGUGACCCGACCCGGACGCCCGGGAAGCGGAGAUCCCCGGCUUCCAACGUCCUUGGUCAUCACGUCCUC